AUGAAGCAGUUUUCUCCAAUUUGCACAAGAAAACCACGUAUUUAUUCUAACCUUUAUCCUUUUAAUACAGGCCAGGCACAAAUCUAUAGUGCCGAGGAAUACGCUAAGACGAGAAGUUCUCUUUCAUUCCGAGUACUUCAGUCAUCGAAGACAUCAAAUAUGCAAUGUGUCUUCUAUACGAGUAAUAUAAGGCUGAAACCUGGUAAGAUAAGUUCAAGCGAAAAAAUAGUCUAUUUCUUGCAGAGUCUCCAAAUACCAGAUGAAGUUUCUCCCGUUUCUCAAAAGAUCGCCUCAUUAUCGGUAUCUGAAUUAUCGGAAUACUAUUAUUAUAAUUGCGAAAAAUUCUUGAAACUUAAAUCAAGAAAGACCCUAGAUGAAAAAAGUACUCAAAGUACGAAAGGCCCAACAUUAAAAACCUCAGAGAUGCAACGUGGAAGAAAAUAUGAAGUAGAAGUUGAGAAUGAAUUAAGAAAUUCAUAUGGAGACAAUAUUAUUAAAUGCGAAAACGUGUCAAAUGAUGCCAAUAUUAAAUUACUAAGGGAAGCGAAAGUUGGUCAAAUAUUUUGUCAAAUGUCAUUUAAAGUAAAUGAAGCAUUUUAUGAAAAGUUCAAUUUAAAAGGUAUCAUUGAAAUAAAAGAUUUCAGACCGGAUUUCAUUAAGGUUAUUAAAAAAAACAACGAAAAGGCUUACCAGAUACUUGAUGCAAAGUCUUCAAAGGAUGUACAGUAUUCUCAUAAGAUCCAAGUGGCCCUUUAUGCGUACCUUCUUAAUUUAACUGUUCAGGGUAUCAACAUUUCGACAGAAUGUGGAAUUUAUUUGCCACAAUUCGAUUUACUAAUAUUUGAUAUAAAUGAUUUACUUCCGGAGAUAAAAGUUUUAUUUCGUGAAAGGUUACCACGAAUUAUAAAAACAUCAAUUCAAAAUUUACCUUGGCAUUUUGAUUCAAGUUGUGAAAAUUGUUACUUUGUAUAUAGUUGUAGAAAAGAAGUCAAAGAAGAGAAUGAAAUGAAUGAUGAAUUGUCUAAUGGUGCAGACAUUGAAGAUUUGGUAAAAUAUUUGGCUAAUACGGGUGCCGAUGAUGAACGAGCAAAAGGUGUUAAAAAGGUUAUUAAUUAUGAUGAAAAGUUGAAAAGUUCACCUUAUAUGAAAAUGAAGUCUGGGCAAGCGCAGUUCGUUGGAAUUGCGACUACAGAUUUUCCUCAAGAUCAUAAUUUAUUAAUUACAAUGUCAUUGGAUACCUUAUCGUUAAAACCUUUUGGAUGGGGAAUAUGUCUUUAUGCACGCGAUAAGAAAAUCAAACGAGAUUCCAAAUCAUUUUCAAUAAAUGAAGCUUCUAACGAGGAGGCAUACUUCUCUCUUAUGGAUAAAUUCACUACUUUAUUGGAGGAGUGUUUUGAAUACCUAAAUUCAAAUAAUUUAAGAUCUUGUGUCUUUGUUUAUUCUAAAAAAGAAAAGGAAUACAUUCAAGAUUCAUUAAUAAAUAUAAUAAAUAUUGAGAAUCCACAAUCGGAUUUAGAUCAAAUUAAACGUAAAGCCAGGAGAUGUUUAUUUAAUUUAUUUGAAGAUCCGAAGUUGUUAUCAGUAAUUAAGGAUCAUGAGGAACUCCCAGCAUAUAACACGCGUGAAUUUCCAAAGUUGGUAAUCUUAGAACAAACGAUCAGGGAAAAUGUCGCAAUUUGCGUCCCCGGAUUUUAUCAGUUGAAAGAUAUUUGGGAAGAAUUAGUGAUGCCAAAAUUGCGUAAUAAAGCAUUGGUAAAUUUUUUAAAAUCACAUAUUAAAGAUAUUGAUUUAGAUAGCAUUUUUACUUUAUGGAAUUCUUGGAAUUCUGCAGUCCCGGAACACGUGAAUGAACACCAUCUUUUAAGGGUUGAUUUUGGAUAUGAAGUAAUAAAAGCUUAUUAUGAAUUACUUAAAGAAUCAGCUUUCGACAAGAUCGACAAGAUUGCUUCUAAACUAGUAUUUGACGCACCAUUAUUUACUUUCACUUCCACCAAAACUUUUAGAAACCAUUAUUUGGGUAAAUUAUAUUAUUUCAAACUACUUGAAGCAAAAGCUGAGUGUAAACAACUAAAGUCUCAAAGAAUGAGUGAUUACUUGCAAAAUCAAUCUACAUAUGGAAUUCAAAUUCAAUUUGAAAAAAUUAUCAAAAAUUCGGAAUUUUUGUCGCUAUUUACUAUUUUAAGUAACGAACAAGAAUUAAAAAGUAUUCCACAUUCUAAAGGAUUUAUGCUUGUUGAGGAUAGUCUCGAGGGGAUUCUGGAGGCUAUUAGAUUUCCAGAUAUGAAACAUAUGGAUUCCAUUGAUGUUUAUUACGAACCCAAUUCAACAAUAUUAGGUAAUCGAGAAAUUGACUUACAAAAUCAAAAGGUUUAUUUAACGGGGACCGUUAAAAUCAACCUUUACAAAGAUAAUAUAUAUCGCCUUUAUAAAAGAUGUAUCGAUUUUAACACGAAUAACAUCUUAGAAAUGUUGAUUGAAAUUGAUAAUCGAGGUGAUAAGUCAGUGUUUAUGGAUCUCUUGAUAAAUACAAAUGAUUGGUGUCCUAAUCCUAUAACUCUGAAAGGAGGGCAGCGUAAAGAAGAAUUAUUGGAAGAAAGACUUCAAAUUCUUUCGCAACCAAUCAGAUCUUCCAAAAUUUCGUCAUUGAUCUCGGGGUAUUUGAAUAAGCCGAUUGGUACAAAUAUAAAUAAUAAUUACAUAAUUGGUUUAACAGCAAAUUCAAGAGAUUCCAUUGAAAAUUUGCUGAAACGAAUUUCUGAGCUAAAGCAUGUGAAGAUUUUUAGUAUGGUCAAUGUAUCGAACAAUAAAUAUUUAAAUGAAGGUGUGAUUGAAUGUGAAGCAAGUACUUUACCUGCAAUAAUUAACAAGAUUGGAAUUCCCGGAAAACCUAUUGUAAUUGGAGGUACAAUUUGGGAUUGGUAUAAAUUAAGGGCAGCAUGGAAUGGAAGGACUAGGUGCGAUAUAAUGAUAAUCGAUCAAGGUUCCAAGGCAAUUUCAGAUGCUAGUAUUGCAAUUGAAUGCUUGAAGCCAAAAGUCGGAAAAUUAAUAAUUUCUGGAGAUUCGGAAUUGAAACCUUUUAUUCGAAAUAAAUAUCCUACUAAUUAUCCUUACUUAUUUGGAUCAAUCCAAGAAUGCUUGAAUUCGUUGAUAAAAGAUUAA